UAUAGUCAAUUGUGAUUGUGAUUGUGAUAGUCAAAGUCUCGAACUCGAACCUCGAACCAUGACUUAGCCUCACAAUUUUGAGGUAUUUAUUUGGUAUUUUUCUCAUAAAAAUGACCAAAUAACACGUCAGUUUUAAAUAAAAUGUUUAAAAAAUGGAAGCAGAAAUAAUGUGUAUUCUUUAAAAUAACCGUGAGUUAAUAACAAAAUGAAUGUAUUUGUGAUAAUAAUAUCAAUUCUUGUAUCUGUGAUAUGUGUCUUGCUAGCUUUAGUUCAACAUUAUUAUUUUAUUACUAAGUUUUAUAAGAAACCAUCAAUCAAGUAUAACUCUCCUGAAUUUGAAGAUCUGAUUCCUUCACAUGACAAAAAGGUCUUUGAAUUAGGGUAUCCUAUAAAUGUGGAAACCUAUGAAGACACAGUAUUAAAUGAUUUGACAUCAGCUUUAAACUCUCAACCAAAGGAACAUAGUGAUACUGUUAAGAUUAUGGAUAGAAGUAAAAGAAAAAUGGGAACAGAUUCAGAAGUAUAUAAUACUAUUCAAGCAGCUUUAGCUUUUAAAAUGGUUGGUAAAAAUAACAAAGCUAUGAAACUAUUUGAGCAUGCUAGUGCUAUGGCUCCAGAUAACGCUGAUGUCUUAAACUGGUAUGGAGAAUUCUUGGAACAACAACACCAUGAUGUUGUAACUGCUGAUGAAUUAUAUUUUAAAGCAUUAACAUAUUCCCCAGAUCACAAAGCUGCUUUGUCAAAUAGAAAACGCACAGCUCCUGUUGUUGAUAGACUUGACUAUAAGCUUUUCAAAGAAAUUGAUAAUUUAAAAAACGUUCUCAAGGAUCGUAUGAAAUUAGAUAACUUUGAUAGUGUAAAAAAACAAGCGUAUUAUCUACAUAUUUAUCAUACUGUGGGAAUUGAGGGUAAUACUAUGACAGUUGAACAGUUAAGGUAUGUUCUAGAAACAGGUCAUGUAGUAAGCGGCAAAAGUUUGCUUGAACAUAAUGAAAUAUUGGGACUAGAAAAAGCAAUGCAGUAUGUGAAAUUAUUAACAAGAACUGACUAUAUUGGUAUUAAGGAAAUUUUAGGAAUACAUAGAAGAGUAAUGGGACAUGUAGAUCCUAUAAAAUCAGGUGUCUUCAGGGAUGAAAAGGUUUUCAUUGGUAGUCAUAUUCCUCCUCCUCAUGGAGAAAUUCCAGUAUUAAUGGAAAAUUAUAUAGAUUGGCUUAAUUCUGAGGAAGCUCACAGCAUGCAUCCUGUUAGAUAUGCAGCCUUAGCUCAUUAUAAACUGGUUGAUAUUCAUCCCUUUGUUGAUGGAAACGGACGCACAAGUAGACUUAUAAUGAAUCUAAUUCUUCUUAAAGCUGGAUAUCCACCAGUUAUGAUUUUAAAGGAACAAAGGGAAAAAUAUUAUGAUGCCCUGAAGACUGCCAACAUGGGAGAUGUAAAACCAUUUGUCAGAUUUGUGGCCCAAUGUACUUUACAAAUUCUAGAUAUGUAUCUUUAUGGAACAAGAGCAUUGUCCAUUGAUGGGCCUGAACAUCAGCUCAUGGAGUUUUAAUAUUUUUAAUCAUUAAUUUUCCCUCCGAAAGCCAAAUUUUAUUUAAUGGGCAUUUAAAAGUUUCCAAUGUAAAUUAAUUUUUCAAUAUAUCUAAAUCUAGUUACAGGUUUAUUAAAAAUAUCUCUGAUUAAAAUUUUAUUUUGUUCUUAAAGUAUUUAUUUUUGUUAUAAUAUAUUAAAUUAGUAUAUGUUAAUGAUAUUUUUGUAAAACUGAAGUUAAUAAAAAAUCUUUAAUAAAAGA